CGGUUGGAAAAGUUCUUCUUCAAAAUCUUUAAAACCAGACAUAAACGGGAAUAAUCAUAUCACCCAACAAGGGCUGCUAACGGAAUUGAAAGGAAACAAAGAAGAUGGCGGAAAAACCCAAGCGCAAUAGUCAUUAACGCAAAAAAAAAAAAAGGCAUCUAGGUGGCCAACGCAUUAUCUACUGAGAAAAUAUAUAAUACAGAAGCUGGUAGGACUAAAGAAAUUCUAACUACACACCCUAAAGAAACACACAGUGAAGGGAAAAAGAGAUCAGGCUCUUUAGGAUCCAGCUGUGUGUUUGUGCAAGUUAUAGUAAUAUUCAAAGAUGGACAGAGAUGAUGCAUCUCCAUCCGCAGAAAAAUGUUUUCUACAGAAGGCAGGAGACGGAAUAGAAAAGAACAUCAUCGCAGAUACAGGGCACGACCCAGAAUCUGUUGCUGUAAAGUUCAAAUUAAAUCUGAAGAAGUCGUUUCAGUGGUUAAAUGGAGUGACAAUAAACUUUGGAAACCGAAUACUCUUAAAUGAUAUCUACACAGAGCUCUACAUAACAGAAGGACACUGUGGAGACAUCAUUAAAGAACAUGAGGUGAGACAGAUUGAGGCAAUAUCCAGGAGAACAACAGGGGAAACACCAAUUAAAUACAACAACAUCUUUAAGCCAUUAUCUGAAGAAGACAAACCCAUCAGAACUGUGCUGACAAAGGGAGUCGCUGGCAUUGGAAAAACUGUCUCUGUGCAGAAGUUCAUUCUGGACUGGGCUGAAGGGAAAGCAAAUCAGGACAUCCACUUCAUAUUCCCACUUCCUUUCAGAGAGCUGAAUUUGAUGAAGGACCAGAAACUGAGUCUGAUGGAGCUCCUUCAUGUCUGUUUUAAAGAAACAGAAAUGUCCAAUUUGGAAAAGGUUCUGUUUAUUUUUGAUGGAUUGGACGAGUGUCGUUUUCUUCAAAAUUUUCAGACCACAGUGAGAGUGUGUGAUGUAACUGAAUCAGUAUCAGUGCCUGUGCUGCUGAUAAACCUGAUCAAAGGGAAUCUGCUUCCCUCUGCUCUCAUCUGGAUCACCUCCCGACCUGCAGCAGCUGAUCAAAUCCCCUCUGAGUGUGUCCAUCGAGUCACAGAGGUACGAGGGUUCAAUGACCCACAGAAGGAGGAGUACUUCAGGAAGAGGAUCAGUGAUCAGAGCCUGGCCAAUAACAUCAUCACACACCUGAAGUCAUUAAGAAGCCUCUACAUCAUGUGUCGCAUCCCAGUCUUCUGCUGGAUUUCAGCCACUGUUCUAGAGAGAAUGUUGGGUGAAGCAGAGAGUGGAGAGAUCCCCAAGACUCUGACUCAAAUGUACACAAACUUCCUCAUCAUUCAAAUAAACAUCAUAAGAGAAAAAUACUCAAAGAAUCAGGAAAGUAAUAAAAUAUUCCUUAAACUGGGACAACUGGCUUUUAAGCAGCUGAAAAAAGGGAACCUGAUCUUUUAUGAGGAAGAACUAAGAAAGUGUGGCAUUGAUGUGAGAGAAGCAGCAGUGUACUCAGGUGUGUGUACGCAGAUCUUCAGAGAGGAGUUUGGGCUUCACCAGAGUAAAGUGUACUGCUUUGUUCAUCUGAGUAUUCAGGAAUACCUUGCAGCUCUGUAUGUGCAUCUGAUGUUCAUGAUGGAAAACAGAAAUGUUCUUAAAAAGAGUAAAGCUUCAAAAAAGAAUAAUGAAGGAAAUAGAAUUAAAGAAAGGAUUACAAUUUUAGAUGUACAUCAGUGGGCUGUAGGUCAGGCUUUAAAAAGUGAGACUGGACAACUGGAUCUUUUCGUUCAAUUUCUUCUUGGUCUCUCACUGGAAUCCAAUCAGAAAAUUUUCCAGACCUUAGUAACACAGACAGAAAGUAGCUCCCAGAGCACAGAGAAAACAGUUCACUUCAUUCAGGACAAGAUUAAUGGAAUUUCACUUCCUAUAGAGAAAUACAUCAAUCUGUUCCACUGUCUGAAUGAACUGGGUGAUAAUUCUCUAGUGGAGGAAAUCCAACAUUACCUGAAAUCUGGAAAACAAAGUGAACUCUCUUCUUCACAGUGGACUGCUCUGGUGUUUGUUUUAAUGACAUCAGCACAGGAGCUGGAAGUGUUUGACCAGCAGAAAUAUACCAGUGAGGAUACGAUAAACACUGUCAUUCUUCUGAAGCUGAUGCCUGUAAUUGCAGCAUCCAGAAAAGCAAUUGUAAGUUGUCAGUACAUUAAUAAGGAGAGUUGUUUAGCUCUGGUCUCAGCACUCAACUCAAAAACCUCCAAUCUGACAGAACUGCAUCUGACUGUGGAGCAAAUGUCCUUCGAUAAUCUAAGAGACAAUGGAAUAAAGACUGUCUCUGCUAUACUGGAGAAUCCUCACAGUAAAGUGAAGAAUGUGAGGUUGUGGAAAUGUGGUGUCUCGGUUGAAGACUGUGCUGCUCUGACUUCAGCUCUGAUAUCAAACCCCUCACACCUGAGACACCUGGAUCUGUCUCAGAAUAAUGUAGGAGACUCAGGAGUGAAGUGUCUCUGUGAUGUACUGGAAAAUCCUCACUGUAAACUGGAGACACUGAGGUUAAAUGAGUGUGGUGUCUCCGAUGAAGGCUGUGCUGCUCUGACUUCAGCUCUGAUAUCAAACCCCUCAUACCUGAGAGAACUGGAUCUGUCCUUCAAUAAUGUAGGAGAUGCUGGAAUGAAGUAUCUCUCUCCUCUACUGGAGAAUCCUUACUGUAAAUUGGAGACACUGAAGUUGUAUGAGUGUGAUAUAUCAGAUGAAGGCUGUGCUGCUCUGACUUCAGCUCUGAGAUUAAACCCCUCACACCUGAGAGUACUGAAUCUGACUAAUAAUAAAGUAGGAGACUCAGGAGUGAAGUGUCUUGCUACUGUACUGGAGAAUCCUCACUGUAUGCUGGACACACUGUGGUUAUAUAACUGUGGUGUCUCAGAUAAAGGCUGUGCUGCUCUGACUUCAGCUCUAAGAUCAAACCCUUCAUACCUGAACCUGCUGGCUCUGUCCAAUAAUAAUAUAGGAGACUCAGGAGUGAAGUGUUUCUCUGCUCUACUAGAGAAUCCUCUCUGUAAACUGGAGACACUGAGGUUGGAUGAUUGUGAUAUCUCAGAUAAGGGCUGUGCUGCUCUGGCCUCAGCACUGAGUUUAAACCUCUCAAACCUGAAAUACCUUUAUCUAUCAGGAGAAAAAAUAGGAGACUCGGAAAAGAAGCUGCUCUUGGCUGUUAGGGAUGAUGAACAUUGCAAACUACAAAUGCUGUGUAUGGGAGAAGAAUAUUUCUGUGAUGAAGACUUCAGUCUUGGUGCGUAUAAAGGGCAUCUCACACCUAAAUUGGCAUCUCCAUGUUGGUGCUUAUAAUACACAAGUCAAUAAAUCUGCCAGUUCUGUUCUGAAAUACAGUAUAUGAAACAUCAGCAUUCUUGGGGUCACUGCCUGUCCAAAGAAAUUCAUGGAAUUGUAACUGUUGUAUGAUGCAGGUUUGAUGGAUUAUGUGAUUAUUCUGUGUUUGGGAUUGGUUUAUAAUUUUUAGU